AUGGGGCGCCUGCUGCGCGCCUGGGCCCCCGUGCGGGGCGGGGGUCUCGGGUCCCUGAGGCUGGCCUGGGCGGCCCUUCAGGGUCAGAGGUUCCACACAGCUAAGAGCUGCCCCAGGAGCCGGACCGGCGCUGAGCACCUGUGGCUGGCACGGCAGCUGAAGGACCCGUACGUAAAGGCAGCAAAGGUGGAGAGUUUCCGGUGCCGCAGUGCCUUCAAACUCCUGGAGAUGCAUGAGCGGCACCAGCUGCUGCGGCCGGGCCUCUGCGUGCUGGACUGUGGGGCAGCACCCGGGGCCUGGAGCCAGGUGGCUGUGCAGAAGGUCAAUGCCGCAGGCACAGACCCCAGCUCUCCUGUCGGCUUCGUGCUUGGGGUGGACCUCCUCCCCAUAGCUCCCCUGGAAGGAGCGACUUUCCUGUGUCCAGCGGAUGUGACUGAACCCGCAACCUUCCGGAGGAUCCAGGAACUGCUUCCGGGGCACAAGGCAGACGUGAUUCUGAGCGACAUGGCCCCCAAUGCCACAGGGAUCCGAGGCCUGGACCAUGACCGGCUGGUCAGCCUCUGCUGGGCCCUCCUGGACCUGGCGCCCCACUUCCUGCGGCUGGGGGGUGCCUUCCUGUGUAAAACCUGGGCUGGCAGUCAGAGCCGGCGGCUGGAGGAGAGGCUGAGGCGGGACUUCCAGAGUUCCAGGUCGCUGAAGCCCCAGGCCAGCAGGAAGGAGUCGGCUGAGGUCUAUCUCUUGGCCAAGGGAUACCGGAGAGGGGAGGGGCUGGUGGAGGACUGAGUGUCCACCUGGCCCCAUGGUGACAGCACACUGUGUUCACAGCCUUUUGGUGGCUAGACUCGCACCCAGACACACCUCCUGGUGUGCAGCCUGCUGUCAGUCCAGUCUCACUCAGUGGCCCUCCAUGGGGUUCUUAGGAGCAGACAGCCUCAUCUUUCUCUGGAGACACAGCUGGUGGGUUUGAACCGCCAGCUUUGUGGUUGGCAGCCCAGCACUCAGCCGACAGCACAGCACGACCACCUAAGCAGCAAACGUAGUGAAGAGCUGCUGGGACAGGCAGGUGGGGUCUUUGUUGGCAGCUGACAAAGAGACGAGGAAGCUACUGGGCAGGAUUAAUAAAAGUCACCCUCUGGAAAGGGGAAAUUAUAGACUGGAGAUGGAAGGGGGGGGUGUCCAUGGAGCUGAGCUGGGAGAUGGAACCCCCCUCUGGCUCCACACACCCCAGCUGCUCCCAGUGAGAAGACCUGGAAUGUCGUCCCAGAGACACUCGGUCCUCCCUUUGGCAUAGUCUGUGACUGCACCUGCUCCCAAGCAGACCAGAGCCGUCGGUGUCUGUGCUGCCCUCUCCCAAAUACGUAUUGGCUCACAAUUCCAUUUGGGAAUGGGUGGGCUUGUUUUGUUCAUUAGGUGGGAUUAGUGUUGGAGGCGCUCUGUGUCUCUAAGAACCAAGAUUAGAUGAAGGAGAGGCAGAUGUGGGGUACGAGAGGCAGGGUGGGUGGGUGGAAACUGCCCAGCCAACAGAGCCAGAGAAUAAAUUUGUUUGUUAAAGCUC